CCAGCUGGAUAACAAUAAACUGGAUUAAUUUACCCUUCAUUUGUCCUCGAAUUAAAGAAUUAUCAACAAAGCGUCAUGUCCUCGUCCACAGAGAUGACUGCCACCACGCAAAUCACUCCUGAGGUUCUCCAGAAACUCCUGGAGUAUUAUAACCUCUCCCGACAGGAAUUCAUUCACACCUACAACAUUCAGCCUCUGGUUUACAUCCCUGAACUCCCAACUGGAGCUAAAACCACGUUUGUCGUGAUGUAUGUGAUUAUUUUUCUUCUGGCGCUGGUUGGGAACAGUUUGGUGGUUUAUAUCGUGGUGCGUAAAGGCGCGACGCAAACAGCCACGAAUGUGUUCAUCUGCUCUCUGGCUGUCAGCGAUCUGCUCAUCACAUUCUUCUGUAUCCCAUUCACACUCCUGCAAAACAUCUCUUCAGAGUGGCUUGGAGGUGUUCUGGUGUGUAAGACGGUUCCUUUUGUACAGACAACAGCCAUUGUGACGGGCAUCCUCACCAUGACCUGCAUCGCCAUCGAGAGAUAUCAGGGCAUCGUUUAUCCUCUCAAAAUGAAAAGGCAGUACACUCCUAAACGCGCAUACAAAACUUUAGGGCUGGUGUGGAUAGCAGCGGUCAUGGUCGGAUCUCCGAUGCUGUUUGUGCAACAAUUAGAGGUGAAGUAUGAUUUUCUGUAUGACCUUCAUCACGUGUGCUGUCAGGAGCGCUGGCGGUCUCUUCUGCAUCGGCAGCUUUACAGCACCUUCAUCAUGGUGGCUCUGUUUCUGCUGCCGUUGGCUGCUAUGCUCUUCCUCUACAGUCGCAUCGGCAUCGAGCUCUGGAUCCGCAAACGUGUGGGAGACUCGUCUGUCCUCAGCACCAUGAACAACAGAGAGAUCAACAAAAUCUCUAAGAAGAAGAAACGUGCAGUUAAAAUGAUGGUCACCAUUGUCCUGCUCUUCACCAUCUGCUGGGCUCCGUUUCAUAUCGUCCAUAUGCUCUUCGAGUACAAUGAUCUGGAGAAAAACUACGAUGAGGUGACCAUCAACAUGAUCAUCGCUGUAGUUCAGGCCAUCGGCUUCUCCAACUCUUUCAACAAUCCAAUCGUUUACGCCUUCAUGAACGAGAACUUUAAAAAGAACUGCGUCGCCACGCUUUCAGUGUACCUGCGUCGACCCGGUCGCCAGGACGGCCCCAGAGACAGACCGAACAUCAGCGUGCACUUCUCCAAACAUCUGAAAACUGAUGUGUUUAGUACCAACACAACCAGCAGAAACCGUGCUGAUCUUGACACACCUCAGAACAGAGUGCUGUUGAACCCAUCGCACGGAGAUCUGCAAAUAUCCACAGCGUUCACAGAGCAGAAAGUCAACAUCACCUCACGCUCGACACAACUCCCGUCGAGCAGCUCCUGUGUGAAAUAACAGACUGAGAGGACAAGAACAUAUUGUUACCUGACAUGACAUCUGACCGAGGGUGAAGACGUGUUCAUCGCCACAGAAAGAAGCGUCAGACCGAAGGUUACAUCUCUGUCGGAUGAGUUUACGGUCCUUGACAGAUCUAUCAUCUUUCAAGUGCUGUUCAAACAUAAACCUCAUGUGAAGAAAACUAACAACAAUGAGAGCGGCCUAAGAAAUAACCAGGGUCAAAUUACAACACAAACUAUAAUUACAAUCUUGAACAAACUCGACAUCAGAACAAUGACAGCUAGAAUUCACCCAAAGCAUUGAGUUUACAGUUUCUUGAAAAGAAAAUCAUUCAGUUGCUCACUAGAAUAAAACCAGCGGGAGAGAAAAUCCUCAAUUAAUAGUUUAUAACUGAUGACAUGAAUAUUUGUGAUAAUAAACUAGCUGAAUGUAGGGGAGAGCGGGGCUCAAUCUAACGCUUUUUAGCUUUGGCUCUAUCAUUUAAAAAAAAUUUAAGUUAGAUGAAUUAUUUUUUUUACACAAUCAACACACACAUCUCUGCUACAAAUGAACACUUGGGGUGAU